AUGAUUGAUCAAGGUGCCAAAACAAAGCCUUAUGUUAACUCACCUCUCUUGGCGGAAGCUCUUGCGAUGAGGCUAGCCUUGUUCCGGGCAAGAGAAAAGGGGAUAAAGAAAAUUAUUGUCUAUUCCGACUCUCAGAUGCUCAUUGGAGCUAUAAACUCUUCUACGCCGAUCAAAGAAAUCUUUGGAACCCUCCAAGAUAUCAAAAAUCUACGUUCUAUGUUCUCUACAAUUGAAUUUCGCUAUGUCCAUAGAUCAAAAAAUUGUUUAGCUGAUGCUUUGGCAAGAGGGGUGAUUAGAGAUCGUGUGUUUGUAGCUCCACUUUGUGUUUGA